UCCUCCCUAUAGGCUGUCUCAUCGUUGUCGGUGGUAAAAUCGGGGGUGAAACCAAGCUUUCAACUCUUCAAGUCCGGGUGUCGCUCAAGGGUCGCGAGCUAUGGGAACAGUUUGGAGAUAUAGGAACAGAGAUGCUUAUCACCAAAACAGGAAGGUAGGAUGUGUGGAUGGAUGAUAAAUAGCUACCGGUAGCCAUUUAUAAUAAUCCCUUGUCCUAUCUGUGUCAUUUUGUGGGAAAAUAAAGGCUUUUUAAGAGUUAUGCUGUGUUGGGAGUUUAUUAGAGAAAUUAUAUGUUUCUUUCGUAAUGAGAAUUUACCAUUAUAAUUUCAAGGACAAGUUGUAUCGGCUAUCCUGCCGCUCUAUGUGAUUGAAUAAGCGAUUGAGGCGACCUGUUAGUUCAAUCGCGUUCAAAUUUACCGCCUAAUGUUAUAGGCGCAUGUUUCCAAACUGCAAAGUCACUGUGACAGGGUUAAAUUCUCUGGCAAAGUACAUGCUGAUAAUGGACAUGGUCCUGUCUAAUGAAAACAAAUACAAGUGGAGUAGGGAUCGCUGGGUGGUAUUACUGAGCCCCACCUUCCCAACUGCUUCUUCAUCCACCCAAACUCAGCCUCCCUGGGGGAGAGGUGGAUGCAGUGCCCAGUCUCCUUGCUCAAGCUCAAACUCACCAACACCCUCAACUCCAAUGGCCUGGUGAUUCUCCACUCCAUGCAUAAGUACCAGUCCCGCCUGCAUAUUGUCCAGUCUCCAGACCCCCACAACCCUCUGUCAGGGGACUACCUGCGCUUCACCUUCCCUGAGGCAACCUUCAUAGCUGUCACUGCCUACCAGAACUCAGAGAUAACAAAACUCAAGAUAGGCAACAACCCCUUUGCAAAAGGCUUUCGUGACAAUGGGCUGAACAGAAAAAGGUUCAGAGAAAAGGAAGGUCAGAGCUCUGACAAACUAAAUGAAAGACAACGCCAGAUGGAAUCAAAACCUUCAAAUGAUAGUCACAAAAGGCCUACAGAAUUGUUAAUGUUUGAAACAUCUUACGAUCCAGACCAGUGGAGUCAGAUGAUGAGGCUGACGUUACCGUCUCCAGCUCUAGCUCAUUGGAUUCCCAUGGUGCAGCAGGAUACAGGACUGAUGACAUCACGUCUCUCUCUGCUGCUCCUAACCCCAUCAUCUCUGCCUUCAUGAACUGG